AUGGAUGAAUAUGUGCAGCUGUUGGUAGAUGAUCGAUGUGUGGUGGAACCGGCUGCUGGAGAUCUGGAGAAUCCUCCAAAAAAGUUCAGAGACUGCCUGUUUAAGGUUUGUCCGAUGAGUCGAUACUCGGCUCAGAAACAGUUCUGGAAAGCAAAGCAAGCCAAACAUGAGAAGGACAAGAUCGCCGACGUCGUCCUGCUGCAGAAACUACAGCAUGCAGCCAACUUGGAGCAGAAACAGAACGAGACUGAAAACAAGAAGGUUCACGGAGACGUAGUGAAGUAUGGAACAGUGAUCCAGCUGCUCCACAUGAAGAGUAAUAAGUACCUGACGGUGAACAAGCGUCUGCCGGCGCUGCUGGAGAAGAACGCCAUGCGGGUCACGCUGGACGGGACCGGCAACGAGGGCUCCUGGCACUUCAUCCAACCCUUCUGGAAGCUCCGCGCCAACGGAGACAACGUCGUCGUUGGAGACAAAGUGAUCUUGAACCCGGUGAACGCCGGUCAGCCGCUUCACGCAUCCAACUACGAGCUGAGCGACCAUCCAGGCUGCAAAGAGGUGAACUCAGUGAACUGUAACACCAGCUGGAAGAUCAACCUGUUCAUGAUGUUCAGCGAUCACAGAGAGGAAGUCCUGAAAGGGGGCGACGUGGUUCGCUUGUUUCACGCCGAGCAGGAGAAGUUUCUGACCUGCGACGAAUAUAAAAGCAAACUUCACGUUUUCCUCCGAACGACGUUGAGACAGUCAGCGACCUCCGCCACCAGCUCCAACGCUCUGUGGGAGGUCGAGGUCGUCCAUCAUGACCCGUGCCGUGGGGGGGCGGGACAUUGGAACAGCCUCUACCGCUUCAAGCACCUGGCAACCGGCAACUACCUGGCUGCUGAGGAGAACCCUGGUUAUAAAGGAGACAGCCCAGAUCUCUCCGCCUCGAUGGACAGUAGUCGUAGCAACAAGCGUUCCCAUGGCGAGAGGAUCAAGUACAAGCUGGUCGCGGUGCCUCAUGGGAACGACAUUGCCUCGCUGUUCGAGCUCGACCCGACGACGCUGCAGAAGACCGACUCCUUCGUCCCGCGGAACUCGUACGUCCGGCUGAGACACCUCUGCACCAACACCUGGAUCCAGAGCACCAACGUCCCCAUCGACAUCGACGAGGAGAGACCCAUCAGACUCAUGUUAGGAACGUGUCCCACCAAAGAGGACAAGGAGGCGUUUGCCAUCGUGUCGGUCCCCGUGAUGGAGAUCAGAGAUCUGGACUUCGCUAACGACGCCAGCGCCAUGCUGAGCACCGUCGUGGACCAGUUCAGCCAAGGCUUCAUCAGCCAGAACGACCGCCGGUUUGCCAUCAAGCUGCUGGAGGACGUCGUCUUCUUCGUGGCCGACGUCAUCAACAGCGGUCAGCCGGUGCUCGACGUCGCCAUGAGCAAAGCCAACCGAGAGAGACAGAAGCUGAUGAGAGAGCAGAACAUCCUGAAACAGAUCUUUGGCAUCCUGAAGGCUCCCUUUAAGGACCGGGGGGGAGGGGAGGGGCCUCUGCUGCGUCUGGAGGAGCUGGCCGACCAGAAGAACUCUCCCUACCAGUACAUGUUCAGACUCUGCUACAGAGUCCUGAGGCACUCCCAGGAGGACUACCGCAAGAACCAG